CGUCCAAGUUACCCCUCACCAUCUGUCCAAAAAUCCUUACAAUUGGAUCACGGUCCUGAAAUUUUACACUCCAGCCGCAAGCGUACCUAUCCCCGUUGAAAUAUACGCUUUCAUGCUGCGUUCUUUCAAAUGGAUGCUAUAUCCUCGGCGGCGAGCAUUAUCGCGGUUAUUCAAUUGGCAGGGACCAUUGUGAAGCUUUGUGGGGGGUACAUUCAAGAGAUUAAAGAUGCACGGGGCGAAAUUUUCACCCUACAACAGGUGAUCGCAGGCCUCCAAGGCACACUUCAAGAUCUGCAUAAAUUGCUUCAGAAUAACGACCGGAUGGCCACCUCCUCAGGGCUAGUCAAUAACAUUAUCAGUUGCCUCUCCGACCUCGAGGCCUUGGAAGCGAGACUCAAUCCAGGGAAGGGAAAGAAGUUGAUGAAGACAGUGGGUUUACGGGCUUUAAAAUGGCCCUUAAAACGCACGGAGGUAGAGGGCGCUAUUAAGAACCUCGAGAGAUAUAAAUCAUUAUUCCUCUUAUCUCUGCAGGUGGAUCAGAGGAUCCCUAAGCUGAGGUCUGGUGUGCAAGCGGCCCUCGAUCAUGAUCCUGACAUCACGUCAAAAUCGCUCGCGGAGCAAUUCGAACAACUACUCCUCCAACCGCUGCUUAACCUCGACCAACUCGGCCGACAGCCUCAGGCCGCUGUAAUCGUGAUCGAUGCUCUAGACGAGUGUGACCACGAUCAAGAUAUCCGCACCAUAAUUCGACUCUUACCUGGUCUACAGAGGGCGAAAGCAAUUCGGCUUCGUAUCUUCUUGACUAGCAGGCCUGAACUCCCAAUCAGCCUCGGCUUUUCUGAGAUCGCGGAUCAGGAAUAUCAGGAUCUAGCUCUUCAUGAGAUACCCGAUGAAGUUACAGAACACGAUAUACGGCUAUUUCUACAGAAUCGGUUUGAAAAGAUCAAACAUGACAGAAAAAUUCCUGGAGAUUGGCCCGGAGGUGAUAUUAUCCAACAAAUUGCGACAAUGUCCGUUCCACUGUUCAUCUCAGCUGCCACAGUUUGCCGUUAUAUCGAAGAUUCUAAAUGUGAGCCCAAACUGCGCCUGGAAGAGCUUCUCACAGGCCAAACCAAAUAUAUAUCGCGAAUGGACAAGACUUACCUACCAAUCCUGUCCCGACUGUUAGACGAUCAGCAUAGUGACGAAUCGGAGCAGCAGCAGCUAGUGCAAGAUUUCCAGAAAAUAUUCCCACAAGUUAAUGAACGAUGGAAUGCAGAACGUCAGGCUCUUGAGGGCCAUUCAAACUGGGUUACCUCGGUUGCAUUCUCGCCCGACGGCCGGCUGCUAGCCUCCGGCUCUAAUGAUACCACCGUGCGGCUCUGGGGCACGGCCACAGGCGCCGUGCAGCAGACUCUCGAAGGUCAUUCACGCUUGGUUACCUCGGUGGCCUUCUCGCCUAGCGGGCGAUUACUAGCAUCCGGCUCGGGCGACCACACUGUGCGACUCUGGGACACGGCUACAGGUAGCGUACAGCAGACCCUCGAGGGCCAUUCAGCUACCGUUUCGUCAGUGGAGUUCUCACCCGACGGCCGGCUGCUAGCAUCCAGCUCGGGCGACCACACUGUGCGACUCUGGGACACAGGUACAGGUAGCCUACAGCAGACCCUCGAGGGCCAUUCAGCUACGGUUUCGUCAGUAGCGUUCUCACCCGACGGCCUGCUGCUAGCGUCCGGGUCUUGGGACUACACUGUGCGGCUCUGGGACACGACGACGGGCAGCCUACAGAAGAUCCUCGAGGGCCAUAUGGACUCGGUCAAUUCGGUGACAUUCUCGCCUAACGGCCAGCUGCUGGCGUCCGGCGCUUACGAUAAAGCUAUAAGGCUCUGGAAUACAGAGACAGGCGGCGGGCAGCAGACCUUUAUAGGGCAUUCACGCUCUGUCAAGUCAGUAGCCUUCUCGCCUGACGGUCGGCUGCUGGCAUCCGGUUCGGGCGAUCACACAGUAAGGCUUUGGGACACGGCGACAAACAGCGUGCUACAAACUCUCGAGGGCCAUACACAUUCGGUCCGCUCUAUAGCAUUCUCACCCAGUGGACAGCUACUAGUGUCCGGCUCGGGCGAUUGCACUGUGCGGUUCUGGGACAUAGCAACAGGCAGCGUGCAGCAGACACCCGAGGGCCAUUCAAACUCAGUUUCGUCGGUGGCUUUCUCGCCCGACGGCCUGCUACUGGCAUCCAGCUCUCACGAUAGUACUGUGCGGCUCUGGGAUGCGGCAACAGGCGCAGUACAGCAAGUUCUCGAGGGUCAUUCACACUUAGUUAACUCAGUGGUCUUCUCGCCCGAUGGCCGGCUGCUAGCGUCCGGCUCUUGGGAUAGCACUGUGCGAUUGUGGGACACGGCGACGGGUAGUGUGCAGCAGACUCUUAGGGGCCAUUUAGACCCCGUUUACUCAGUGAUCUUUUCGCCUAACAGCCGGCUGCUAGCAUCCGGCUCGGGCGAUCACACAGUGCGCCUCUGGGACACAGCGACCGGCGCGCUGCAGCAAACUCUCGAGGGCCAUUCGCACUCAGUCAAUUCGGUGGCCUUCUCGCCUAAUGGCCGGCUACUAGCGUCAGGCUCGGGUGACCACACUGUACGUCUCUGGGAUACGGGGACUGGCGCGCUGCAGCAGAUCCUGGAGGGUCAUUCAAACUGGGUUACCUCGGUGGCCUUCUCACCAAGCGGGUCGCUGCUGGCGUCUAGCUCUUACGAUCAGACAUUCACGCUCCGGGAUGGUACCAAGACUAUUUCUAAGGUAUCCCGUUAUGUGAAGCCUCCGAUAGGCGAUCUUCGCUUCCGCAAUCCACGAUCAUUGACCACGUCAUGGACCGGCGAGAAGAAUGCUACGGAGCUCGGUUACAUUUGUUACCGUUACGGACCUACGCAGCAGAUCCUUGGAGAGUAUGUCUCUGAGGAAUGUCUGACUCUCAACGUCUACAGCCCUUCGAAUGUGUCGACUACCAAGCGCCUUCCAGUCGCUGUGUACAUCCAUGGAGGUCUCUUCAAGCACGGCUCGGGUCGUGAUCCCCGAUACAACAUGACGUCUCUUCUCCAAGUCGCGGUCCAAAACGAACAGGAUUUCAUCAGUGUCACUCUGAAUUAUUGCCUGAGCUACUGGUGGCUUCCUCGUCUGGCUCUGCGUUGGAUUCAGGAGAACAUUGAGGCUUUCGGAGGUGACCCUACUAAUGUCAUCAUCUGGGAUCAAGAGGCCGGAGCAUAUAGUGUCGGUGUACAGCUCCUCGCAUAUGGUGGCCGUGAUGAUGGUCGUUUCCGUGGUGCCGUUGCGCAGAGUGGCAGUCCGACCCUUAAGUGGAUAUCAGUCACGGCGGAUGAGUGGCAACCACUCUAUAAUGACUUUUUGAACGCGGCCAACUGCACAAAUACUGCUGAUUCCUUGGCCUGCCUUCGCAGUGUCGAUGCCAAAACACUUUCUGGGGUCUUCAGCAGUGAUCUUACCAUAUUGAACCAUCCUAACCCGGUAGUCGAUGGUGAUUUCCUGGACAUGGUAAUGUACGAUGGUAUCAGCAAAGCGACCGCACAAACAAUCGCACGUCUCUAUCCUGAUGAUCCAGCUCAGGGCAUCCCAUCAACGCUGAACGGACGGCCAAGCAGUGAUACCGGGUUGGGCCUUCAAUGGAAACGAUCAAGCGCAUACAAUGGCGCCAAGGUCAUGCAGGCUGGCCGUCGACUAGCCAGUGAAGCAGGGGCCUAUCAUGGUGUUGACGUCUACUCAUAUAUCUACGACGUCCUCUUCCAUGCCAAAUGGUGGAAACAAGGGUCUCAGCAACAGGACAUUGCAUUUUUCUUCCAUAACGUCACUCUCUCCGAGUCUCUCAGUCCUACCGACCAGGCCGUUCAGAAAAAGACAUUCGAGCCACUGAACUAUUUGAUGACGAGCAUACUGAUCAGUUUCGUCAAUACUCUGAGCCCAAAACAAUGUUCCGAUGAAUGGAACCGUGUCGUGGCCCAAGUACAGCCUCAAUAA